GGGAGUGGGAAAGGGUGGGGGACAGGAUAAAAGUGGUGCUGAAGGGAGGAGAAGAGAGUGAAGCAGGCAGAGGAGGCAGCGGGGUGAUUCUGAGCACACUGAGUUUUGCCCCCUCCUGUGCCCCUGCGCCGUUGCUGAGCAGUGCUGCACAGAGCUGGGCUCCUGCAUCCUUCUGCACAUGGAGCACGUCCUCCUGGGCUGGGUGCUGCUGCUCGGCACCUGGACUGCUGCAUCGGCCGCCAGCAUUAAGAACAGCCAGAUCAAGGAGGAGGCGAUGGACAUGGCCCCCAACUCCUUUGAUGACCAGUACCAGGGCUGCAUCGACUUGAUGGAGGCUGAGCUGCCGGAGCUGAACCGCACCGAGUUCAACAACAGAACCUACGCUGAGGGCUGGCGUUCUGCCACUGAGCUGUGGCAGAGCCGAUCGGGUGAUGCCACCAGCCCAGUGGUGUUGGGACGGGAUCAGGCCAUAGCUGUGCUGGCGUACACGAUGGACGGGGAUCUGUACCGCGUCUUCAACAACGCCACGCUCACGGCUGGGAGCUCCCGGCAGCACUACCUGAGCUCCUACCCCUUCAAGACACUGCAUUUCCUCCUGAGCAGAGCCCUGCAGACCCUGCGGGAAUCCCAGACCCAGCAAUGCUACAACGUCUUCCGCGGUGUCAGCGACACUCGAUACACGGCACAGCAAGGCCAGGUGGUUCGCUUCGGCAAAUUCACCUCCACUUCCUUCAGCCCGUGGGUCGCUGAACGGUUUGGCCGGCGCACGUUCUUCUUGGUGCAGACCUGCUAUGGUGUGCCCAUCGAGGAAUUCUCUGCAUACCCCGAUGAGUACGAAGUCCUCAUCCCACCUGCUGAGCAGUUUGAGGUCACCAGCAUCACCUACAUGACGGAAGGAAACUUAAUCCAGCUCGAAUCCCGGGGGAUGAAGAGCACCUACAACUGCGAGUUCGUGAAGGGCAGGAGCAGCCCCAUGGAAUCCCCACACCUCUGGGUGCUCAUCCUGGCAGCCGCAGCCCUGGCAGCCGUGGGAGAGUCCUGACCUCUACACCAUCCCUGCACAUGGACAGGAGGGCAGCAACGUGCCAACACAUCUCAUGGAAACUGCAGAUGCUGCUUUCCUGCUCCUGACGAUUUUGGUGCCGCUGUUGGAUGUGGAACAGCGGCAGAGAAUGAUCCAGAGCUCCUCCAGAAAAAUAAAAGCAUUGU